CGUGGUCGUGGACAAGCGUGUCAACGACAGAACCUUCAUCUAUCUCUAGGAGCAAGCUACCGCCCACGGCUUCACUCCUUGAAAUUUGGCGUCAGCUGGAAUCACACGAGGACACCAUUUCCAGCGGCAAUGUGGAACUCCUGGGCGACAAUGUGGAAAUCCUGGAUUACGAACCCGAGGGCGAGGCUCCCACCGCAGAGCAUUUUCCAGCGGCGGGUGCAGAGGACGAGAGCCCCCCCAUGCCCAUGGUGUUCACCGUCGAUAAUUUGCUGGACAACAUCGCCACAGCAGAUCCGGCGGAACUGGAGCGGGCCUACAACACCGAACGUGUUUCUCGGGAGGAUACUUUAGAAGCGGCCCAUCUGUCGUCCUAUUCGCCCCUUUUCGUUCCUCCUUUCUCGCUCCCGCCGGAAGACCAGUUAAUCCUCUUGCCCCACGACGAGUUUAUGGCGAACCAAAGGUUGAACGAGAUGUAGUGCGACGGUCUUGCCGGGACGAUAGCAGAGGCGGAGGCGCGAGAGCAGGCGAAGCGCGAGGAUGUGGAGCACUUGGCGGAACGUGAGGCUGCCCUGGCUGCUGCGGCGAGGAAGAAGGAGGAGGAGCGUGCGGCUGUUCUGGCCGAGCGUGAGGCGUAUCUCCAAGCGGCUAGGGCGAAGCAGGGGGCGCUCCGAUCGCGGCUGAAGGAGCUGGAGCCCCGCCACCAGGACCCGCGAGCAACCCCCCGCCCCCGUCGCCGUGUUAUCGUCCCUCCCUCCACGCAAUCCCAGGUGCCCCUUGGUUCCCAUCGUAUCGCCUCGCCGCACGAGAAGGAGCGGGAGGUAGCGGCUUCUCCGACGAACGAGAAGGAGCGGGAGAGGACAGCGACUCCGGAGUUUUCGGUGACUUUGGGUCUUCAGGCCGGUGCUGAAGACGGAGCAUCGUUUGCGGCGGCAAUCACAGUGUACGAGUUCAACGUUGGAGAUACAGCGUUCCUUUCCCGACCGGUGGAGAUGCCUGCAAAAGGUGUCACCUUCCACGAUGAGGACAGAUUGGCAGCUCUUGUUGCAUGGACUGGCAUCAAACAACUUGUCCGUGCACAAUUCCCCCCACCGCACACCGUUGCUUUCGGGCACAUCUAUCACACCCCGUACCUCGCGAAACUUCCGCCUUCUUCGCGGCAGUCCGUGUUCCAGCUUUUGUACGCUCUCCGUCGUGCAACCUUUCAUGAAGGUCCUCAAGGAACGUCGGUGGUGAGAUGGAGGACUUCAGCUGUCCCUUGCUCGUGCUGCCUC